AUGCCUGAGGUAAUGGCAGUAGAGCUUGCUGACGAGCCUGACUUGUCCACCUUCGAAAACAAGACAGGCCUCGCCGAAGACAUGAAGUUCUUGGCGUCCAUGCCAGAACUCUGCGACGUCACCUUCCUCGUCGGGGACACCAGGGAGCCAGUCUGUGCGGUCAAAGCUGUCCUCGCAUCCAGGAGCAGGCAUGCUGUUCUCUGUAUUUUUGAUCAUAGCAAUGAACAAUGCAUGGUGGAUGUCUUAUUUUCUGUUCCUUCAUCAAAUCAGCACCAUACACUCAUCAUUGAAGAGUUUGAGCCUGAUGUAUUCCGGCAACUAAUAGAAUAUAUUCACACAGGUUGCGUCACUCUUCAACCAAGAACUCUUUUAGGAGUGAUGAAUGCAGCAGAUUAUUAUGGCCUAGAUGAGUUACGGAGAGCUUGUGCGGGAUUCGUUCAGUGCUGCAUCAAUGUUGACACUGUUUGUGCACUUCUGGCCUCAGCUGAAAGAUAUAUUCAGUACAAAUGCACAAAGUCUCUGGUUCAAAAAGUUUUGGAAUUUGUGGAUGAACAUGGAAAUGAAGUUUUAAAUUUAGGUUCAUUCACGCUCCUACCGCAGCAUGUUGUACGAUUAAUAUUAGCAAGAGAUGAACUUCGAGCUGAUGAAUUCACCAAGUUUCAGGCUGCUCUUAUGUGGAGUAAAAAGUAUUGUGACAGUAAUCCAAACAUUGUACUGAAAGAUGUCAUUGGUAACUUCCUUGACUAUAUACAGUUCCAUAAGAUUCCAGCUAAUGUUCUGAUGAGAGAGAUCCAUCCUCUUGGAAUUGUUCCCUACAGUAUCAUCAUGAAUGCGCUCGCCUACCAGGCAGACCCCAACAGCGUAGACCCUGGGAAGCUGAGCCCGAGUCGUGUGAGAAGGUCAGGAGGUCGCUCAAUGUCUGUACAAAGCUCACUCGACCCAUGUGGAUCUAAUACUACCCUCAGCUCAUCAGCAUCAUCCGAUGCCAUCUCCUCUGAUAAACCCUCGUCUAACUAG